AUAUAUACAAGAGUCAAGAGCCAAAUGAAUACCCACCCAUCUCAUAGAAAAAUAACAACACAUAUUUCAAAGAACUCUGAAAUGGCAAACCAAAGAGGGCUACAUGUAGUGAUGAUGAUCAUCACUGUUUGGCUUCUUUAUGGAGCACCUAACACCCAUGGCUGGGGGAAAGAAGGUCAUGAAAUCAUCUGUAAAAUCGCACAGACUAGAUUGGAUGAAACUGCAGCGAAGGCGGUGAAAGAGCUGUUACCUGAAUCUGCAAAAGGGGAUUUGUCGAGCUUGUGUUUAUGGGCUGAUCGUGUCAAGUUUAGAUACCACUGGUCUUCUCCUCUUCACUACAUCAACACUCCUGAUGUAUGUUCCUACCAAUACAAUAGUGAGUUUUCCAUAAGACCCUUUUCAUAUAAAACUACAAAAAACAUAGGUGAGAAGGUUCCAAAACCACAGUUUCUAAUGGAUUUUGUCUUUCUCCGGUCUCAAGGGGACUGCAAGGAUGAAGAUGGAGAGAAAGGAAGAUGUGUUGCAGGAGCCAUUUACAAUUACACCACACAGCUUCUUUCCUACAACACUGCAGCUUCAUCCAAGUCACAAUACAACUUAACCGAGGCCCUGCUUUUCGUGUCUCAUUUCAUGGGUGAUAUCCAUCAGCCUCUACAUGUUGGUUAUGCUUCGGACAAAGGGGGGAACACCAUCGAAGUGCAUUGGUACAGGAGAAAAGCUAACCUCCACCAUAUAUGGGAUUCCAGCAUAAUAGAAACAGCUGAAGCUGAUCUCUAUAACUCUGAACUAGAAGGAAUGGUGGACGCAAUCAAAAAAAAUAUCACGACAGAAUGGGCAGAUCAAGUGAAGAGAUGGGAGAGUUGCACCAAGAAGACAGCUUGCCCAGAUAUAUACGCAUCCGAAGGAAUUCAAGCAGCCUGUGACUGGGCAUAUAAGGGGGUAACUGAAGGAGACACUCUAGAAGGUACAUAAUUCACCUGAAAACUAUGAUGAUU